AUGUAUGUCGCAGGCAUCUUCUUCCUGCUCCUGCUGCUUGCCGGCUAUGCCGGCCUUAGCUCACUGCAGCUCGGCGACAUUGUCAACGACAAGAUUCUACAUUUUGUAACGUUCUUCCUUUUGACUGUCGCCUUCUACUGGAUCGUCGACACCAGCCGCAGGCGCACAAUGAACAUGGCACUCGCAGUGUGCACAGGUGGCCUGGGCGUCGGGUCUGAGGUGCUGCAGGCGCUGCUGCCCGACAACGGCCGCGUAUUUGACGCCAUGGACAUUGUGGCCAACGUCCUCGGUAGCUUGGCAGCGCUGGGCCUGUGCUCAUGGUACCACAAGCGGAUGCUGGAUCGCAAGCGGAACCGCAAAUACGCCGCCGUGCCGGGCGAGGAGGGCCACGGCGAUGAGGUAUUGGCUGACACGUCGGUUGUUGACAUUGAGCUCGGCGAGGGUGUCGGAGACCAGUCGACGAUUUUGCACGAUGGGGGCAACGGCGAGGUAGUGGGCACAUUUCCACCCGCCAAGCCUUUGACAUCACCUGCCGAUGUGCCGACAAAAUCUACGGCUGCCGGGGCUGCUACCUCUUCGACUGCGGUCCGGGGCACGACUUUGGAGGAAGAGCUUGACAACUGGGAUGAAAACGCCGAAGAUAACUGGGACGCGGACGAUACCGGCGACAUCGGUGAGGGCAGCGGAACGGCGAAAAAGCGGACCGAUUAA